AGUCAAACCUAUUUUUUAUCAGUUUCUCCAGGAAAGUUCAUCUACCAGCCACCAACCAUGAAGUUUCUUAACUACCUUCUGGCUUACCGAAGGUUCCUGCUCAUUGUCCUCACCCUGCUGCUUUUACUUCCACUUCCUCUUAUCAUCAAAACCAAAGAAGCAGAAUGUGCAUACACAUUGUUUGUAGUUGCCAUCCUUUGGCUUACGGAACCUAUGCCACUGGCUGUUUCAGCUUUGCUCCCUGCCGUUAUGUUCCCAUUGUUCGGUAUAAUGGAAUCCAAGCAGGUGGCAUCUGCUUAUUUUAAAGAUUUUCAUCUGCUGCUGAUUGGAGUAAUUUGUUUGGCAACGUCAAUAGAAAAAUGGAAUUUGCACAAAAGAAUGGCUUUAAGAAUGGUGAUGCUGGUGGGUGUCAACCCAGCAUGGCUUGUGCUGGGUUUCAUGGUUAGCUGUGCUUUCUUGUCAAUGUGGCUCAGCAACACCUCUGCUGCUGCCAUGGUGAUGCCAAUUGUAGAGGCUGUAGCUCAGCAGAUCAUCAAAGCUGAAACAGAAGCUGAUGCGCUGGAGAUGUCUUGCUCUAAUGGCUUCAUCAACCCAACACUGGAGCUGGACGAAAAUAUAGGAGAAUAUGAACGCAGUGACUGUAAAGAGAAAGAAAACCAAAUUAAUGGAUAUGACAAUGAUGUGGCUAGUACUGUGUGCGUAAUUGAAAAAGAGUUUGGAAAAGAAAAGGAACAGCAGAAUCUACCACCAGCUGAAACAGGGAGAAAAAACAAAGAGGACAAAUACAAUGGGAUUUUCAAAGUGAUGUGCUUAUGUGUUGCUUAUUCUGCUACCAUUGGAGGGCUGACCACAAUCACAGGAACAUCAACUAAUCUGAUUUUUGCUGAGCACUUCAACACACGUUACCCAGCUUGUCAGUGCAUCAAUUUUGGAUCCUGGUUUAUCCUUUCCAUCCCCAUCGCACUUAUUAUUCUGCUGCUCUCUUGGCUCUGGCUCCAGUGGAUUUUCCUUGGGUUUGAUUUUAAAAACAUGCUCAAGUGUGGCAAGAAGAAAACAACUAGGGAAGAGGUCUCAGCACAGGUGAUUCAGAAGGAGUACAAGAAACUUGGACCAAUAAGCUACCCAGAAAUUGUUACACUUGUCCUAUUCAUCCUAAUGACCCUACUGUGGUUCACCAGAGACCCUGGCUUCAUCCCAGGAUGGUCUUCACUUUUCACAAAGUAUAAAAGAUAUGCUACGGACUCAACAACUGCCUUAGUGAUAGGCCUCCUGUUCUUUAUUAUUCCAGCAAAAACACUGACAAGGACUUCAAAUGGAGAGAACACUGUUUUUGGUUACACUCCACUGAUUACUUGGAAGGAAUUUCAGUCAUGCAUGCCCUGGGAAAUAGCUAUUCUUGUUGGUGGCGGAUUUGCUUUAGCAGAUGGCUGUGAGGUUUCAAAACUUUCUGACUGGGUAGCAUCUAAAUUGACCCCUUUAGGAUCACUCCCCUUGUGGUCGGUUAUCCUGGUAUCAUGCCUUAUUGUCACUUCAGUGACAGAAUUAGCCAGCAAUCCAGCUACCAUUACAAUAUUUUUGCCCAUACUAUCACCUUUGGCUGAAGCCAUUCAUGUAAACCCACUUUUCAUUUUGAUACCUGCUACCUUGUGCACUUCCUUUGCAUUCCUGCUUCCUGUGGCAAACCCAGCCAAUGCCAUUGUAUUUUCAUAUGGUCAUUUAACUGUUAUGGACAUGGUGAAGGCUGGUUUGGGCAUUAACAUCAUCGGAGUUGCUGUAGUUAUGCUUGCAGUUAUGACGUGGAUAGUGCCUAUGUUCAAUCUCUAUACUUAUCCAAGUUGGGCACCAGACAUUCCUUCUGCAAAUAGCACUGGGCUGUAAAAAAACAACAGUAAUCCUGGGGAUUGGUUUGAAUUGUGUUUGUUUCUUUCCUUUUCCCCAGACAUGUGGUGAGUCAUUUAAAAUGCUUUUUUGUCACCACAGCAAUAGGGAUCUCCAUUACUAUAUAUGCCAUAUUUUCCAGUCCCGGAGACUGAUCAUCCAGUCUGAGAGUCUAAUCGGGGAAAGUGUUAGAAUUCUGAAAUAACAUAAACUUACAUCAAGUUUCUAAUCUAGCUCAGCUAGUUUGAAUUUUUAUAUCUUCAUAUUAUGAAGGAAAAACUGAAUGCGCAUCGCCAUUAUCACUGGUAGUUUGAACCCAUUCUCAGGGUAGGGGAGUAAUGAGAUUUAGAUUUUGUUAUUUCAAAUACAUUUUCUUACGAUUAUGUUGGCAAUAUUUGGGGUUUGUCAAAGAUCAUAUUAGUUUUUUGUUUUUUAGCUUCAAACCCUGUUUGAAAUAGUGUUGAUCACAAAAUCAGGCAGGGGAUUUUCUUGAACACAUAGUUUACAGACCUGUCAAAAAUGCACAGAAAAUGGCAAAGAGCAGCAUGACCAGUUACACAGCACUUUAUCUGUUGAGCACCUUGUCAUCUGGAAGGAGAAUACAUAGUUUAGCAUAAGUGUAGUCUACCUUCUUCAAGGACAUCACUGAAACAUGUUGCUGUUGUCAUGUGGUAUAUUUCUGGAUAAACAUAUGUUGAUAGAUUUGAGUUAAUCUAUAUGAAUUGAGUCCAAAUUAUCAUCAUACCUGUCUGCCAAAAGUAGAGAUACAUUCCCUUGAUAAAUGAAAGCACAAGACAGAAUGCUGAAGAUGUGGCACCCAAUCCAUCAAUCAAGACUACAGCGCAUCUUCACCAGGAAGCUCAUGAUCUCUGCAGGACAGGUGGCAGUUUAAGGUUACUAGACUGUUAAUGUUGUAAACACAAAACAGUGCAGUGUAGACAGAAGAGGAGCUUGGAGUUCAAAAAGAUCAUCAAAUAAUCAUGUUUUCUAUGGUUAUUACAUGGUUUUCACAGUAAGAACUACAGCAUUGUUCUUUUCGCCUGUUGGGAAGGACUCAUAACAAUUUGUAAAGAGCUUUCAGUUAAUAGCCUGAAUCAAAGAUGGAUGUAUUUAUCUUGGGUCAUCCCUUGGGGCACCUCUAUGAUGGCUGUAAAC